AUGCCGCCUUAUGAGUAUAAUUUUUGUAAGUUGACCCUGCUUCAAAUCAUCCAGCUGCAGCCGUCAUUUGUAGGAUCCAGCAUAGAUAGAGAGGCAGUUGCCAGAAACUCGGAUAAAGCAGAGGCGUUUAAUGAAUGGGUGGCUACAGGCUACUAUGUAUAUCAGCGGAUUAAAGAUCAGUCAUCAGUUAGAAAUAGAAUUACCAAACUGAAGAUGGAAAAUGGAGGAGGCAAUUUGACACAACAGCUGUCUGCCUUGACUAUUGGCUCUAGUGUUAAUGGCUACACCAACACUAAUGGCAUGAACAAGACUGAUGGAUUGUUUCAGGUUAUGAAAGCCGUUGAAGCUGCUGAGGCCACCAUCAAACAACAGGUGGAAGAGAAUCAUAGAUUGAGGUCUGAGCUACAAAAGAAGAUUCAGGAACUUGAAAACUAUAAAUCGAGUGAUACAAAGGCUGAGGAUGAUUGGAGUGAUCAUAGGUAUCUACCUCCAACAAAAAAUAGAGCCAUGAGUCCAACAGAUGGAUCCACACUAGUCCUCAAAAAAGAUUACAUGGGGAAUGCUGUAGAUCCAAUGAUUCAAGUUUCAAGGGAGAGCCAGUUGGAGACUCAAAAUAUAAAUGGGGGCUUUUCUCCUUUGAGGUAUCAACUGGAAGGAGAAUAUGAUCCGCAGUUCAAUGUGUCUGGGCUGGUGCCAAUUUCUGAGGUAAAGAAUGCAGGCAGCUCCAUAAACCAGGCCGUUGUUGACAGUCGAGAUCAGGAGCAAGAGAUUUUGCUGUUGAGAAAGCAUCUUGUUGACUAUUCAAUUAAGGAAGCCCAAAUACACAAUGAGAAGUUUGCUCUUGAGAAACGAAUUGCUUAUAUGCGUCUGGCUUUCGAUCAGCAGCAGCAGGAUCUGGUUGAUGCAGCAUCUAAAGCUCUCUCUUACAGACAAGACAUUAUUGAAGAAAAUAUACGCCUAACCUAUGCAUUGCAGGAUGCACAAGAAGAAAGAACAACAUUUAUAUCAUCUUUGAUGCCUCUUCUUGCGGAGUAUUCUCUUCAGCCACCAGUUGCUGAUGCCCAGUCCAUCGUUAGUAAUGUUAAGGUUCUUUUUAGGCAUUUGCAGGAGAAGCUCAUAGGAAUUGAGACAAAGCUAAAAGAAUCUCAAUAUCAGCUAGCAGCCUGGCGUUCUGAUUCAAGUUUUGCACAAUCACCGUUGUAUUCUUUUGGGGGGAACAAAAAUGGGCUUGAAUUGGUUACACAACAAGCAUACUCUGAUGGACAAAUACCAGUUUCAUCAGACCAUCCAACUCCAAGAGGGUGGGAUGGAGUUGCAGAAACUUCAGAGCCUGAUUCAGGGAGGUAUUCACCUCUUCUAAACAGAAACAAUACAACAACGACAAGUAGUAAAAAUGAGGAAACCAGCAACAAACAAGUUACAUUUAGCGACCCUGUUAGCAGUAAUAAUGAUGUUGAUGAUAAUGAGGGAGGAGGAGAAGCAUUUGUCAAUUGGAAUUCCAAGACCCCCCUUGAAGAUCCCCAGCCCCAGCCCCACUCAUAUUCUCCAUAUUUAGCUCCAGUGCCUGAAAAACCUGAUUCUUCAUACUCUGAAGCUGCAGAUGAUGAUCCAUUACCUGCAGUGGAGUCCCUCCAAAUUUCAGGCGAUGCUUUUCCAGGUCGAGAACUUCAAGCUAGCGGAUACUCCCUCAAUGGAACUACAAGUUGUAAUUUUGAGUGGGUGCGGCAUAUGGAAGAUGGAUCUGUUAGUUAUAUAGAAGGUGCAAAGCAGCCAAAUUAUCUUGUUACCGCUGAUGAUGUUGAUACAUACCUUGCCAUUGAAGUCCAGCCCAUGGAUAACAGAAAACGAAAGGGUGAACUUGUAAAGGUUUUCGCCAAUGAGCACAGAAAAAUUGUCUGUGAUCCUGAUAUGCAUGACAAUAUCAGAAAAGCUCUUCAGACUGGUCAUGCUGAACACCGAUUGUCUUUAUGGACAGGAUUCCUUGAGAUAUGGGAGCCAGUUACAUUAGUCAUCAGAAAAGAUGGAAUUAACAUAAAAGGUGGUACUACUCCCGUCAAUGAAAAGUUUUCUCCCAACACAAGGGUUCAUAUUCCGUGUGGAAAUCCUGUAGAGUUUUCCAUUAUUGGUUUGGGAGGUGUUGAGCAACGGCUUCGGGUGGAGCAAGAAUCAGAUACUAUAAGUUCAAGGGAUGUCAUUGUGCUCACCCUAAGAUACUUUAUCAAUAGGGCUGCCGAGAAAAAAAAGGUGAAAAAGAAGGGCUUAUUUUUUUGACAAGACAAGAAGAGGAGAAAGGAGUCUUUUGUUACAUACAAAAACGACUACCCUUUGUUGUAGUUGUAGUUGUAGGAUCCUUUUUUGGUUUUGGUUUUGCAUUCUUACUUAGAUCUCAUGUUCAUGUGUGCUGCUUUUUUCAACAAUGUGUGUCUAUUCGGGUGAUGUAAUUUGUAUUUAUUUGUGCCACAACCAAGUAACACAUAUUCAAAGCCAGGGAUGCAAUAAUGAGGAGGGU